GCAUAAAAAUUUGACAGCAUUAAAAAACGCACUGUAAUCUCCAGCUACAAAAAACGCCGAAUUGCAAUUAACAAAAAAAUUUUAUUAUUGAAAUAAUUAUAUUUCUUUCAAUAAAAAAGUCAAAUCGACGUUUUUUUGUUAAAAAUCCUAUCAAAAAAAUCACAUUCAUACGUCACACAAAUUCCCCACAAAGAAGAACAAAAAAAAAAAGAAAAAAUCCAAAAUGACGGGUGAAACAGCAAAAGCCGAACAACCAAAACCCUCCACAGCUCCACCAGCUGAAGAAAAAAAAGAUACUGAAGAAAAAGAACAACAAGAACUCUCCGAUGAAGAUCAACAACUUCAGGAAGAAUUGGAAAUGUUGGUAACACGUUUACAAGAACCCGAUAAGUCUUUGUAUCUCCCCGCUCUUGAGGUAAUGGGUAAGUUAAUUCGUGCUUCAACAACAAGCAUGACUUCUGUCCCAAAACCAUUGAAAUUUAUGCGACCCCAUUACGAGACCAUGAAGAAUAUUUACAAAGAAAUGCCCGAACAAAAAUCCCGUAUGGUUUGUGCCGAUAUUAUUUCGGUUUUAGCCAUGACAAUGGGAAGUGGUAAAGACUGCUUGGCUUAUCGAUUCUUGUGUGAUCCUGAGCAAAAGAUUGGCGAAUGGGGUCAUGAAUAUGUUCGUCAUUUGUCUGGCGAAAUCGCUGCCCAUUAUUUAGAGACAACUGGAGAAUUCCAGACUCAAUUGAUUGAAUUGGUCAAACAGAUUGUUCCUUAUAAUAUGGAACACAAUGCUGAAGCAGAUGCUUGUGAUCUUUUAAUCGAAAUUGAGCAUUUGCAUCUUUUGUUAGACUAUGUCGAUGAAGGAGCUUAUCCAAGAGUUUGCUUAUACCUACACAGCUGUUAUCCAUAUGUCCCUGAACCAGAUAACUUGGUUAUCCUUCAGACAGCUUUGAAUUUGUCACGCAAAUUCAAUCAAUAUACUCAGGCAAUGCGUUUGGCAUUGAUGUUAAAUGAUAUGGAUAUUAUUGCUGAGAUAUUCAAAGAGCAAAAGGAUCCUUCGGUCCAGAAGCAGCUGGCAUUCAUGUUAGCCCGUCAGCAGGUUUGUCUCGAGUUGGACGAAUCGAUUCCAGAGUACGAUGAUCUUAUGGAAAUCAUGUCAAACGCUAAUUUGAAUAAGAACUUUUUGAACUUGGCUCGAGAGUUGGACAUUAUGGAACCUAAAACUCCCGAAGACAUUUAUAAGUCGCAUUUGGACAAUGCUAGAACUCGUUUUCCAUCGAUUCAGGUGGAUUCUGCCAAACAAAACUUGGCUGCCAGCUUUGUCAAUGGAUUUGUCAAUGCUGGAUUCGGAGUGGACAAGCUUUUGAGUGAGGAUGGCAACAAAUGGUUGUACAAGAACAAAGAGCAUGGUAUGUUGAGUGCCACAGCUUCGUUGGGACUCAUUUUGCUUUGGGAUGUCGAUGGUGGUUUGGCAAUGAUUGACAAAUAUUUGUAUUCCACUGAUGAUUAUAUUAAGUCAGGAGCUUUGUUGGCUUGUGGAAUUGUCAAUUGUGGCAUUCGAAAUGAAGUCGAUCCAGCUCAUGCUUUACUCUCUGAUUAUAUUGAGAAUAAUAAUACUUCAAUGAGAAUUGGAGCUAUUCUAGGACUGGGAAUUGCUUAUGCAGGUUCAAAUCGUUCCAUUGUCAUUGAUACAUUGAAGACAGUAUUUAACUCUGAUCGCAAGAAUGCAGCAAAUAUUGAAGUUUUAGGCAUUACAGCUCUUAGCAUGGGUUUGAUUAGUGUGGGCUCUUGCAAUGCCGAGGUAACUGAGAUUCUAUUGCAGACAAUAAUGGGCCUAAGCAAGACCGAUCUCCGUGAUACUUACACUAGAUUCUUGAUGUUGGGUUUGGGAUUGUUGUAUUUGGGAAGACAAAAAGCCACCGAAGCAGUUAUGAGCACUUUGGAAGUUCUCGAUGAACCAUACAAAUCAAUGGCCACAACAAUGGUAGAUAUUUGUGCUUACGCUGGAACUGGAAAUGUCCUCAAGAUCCAACAAUUGCUUCACAUUUGCUCAGAUCAUUAUGAAACAUCAAGUUCGGACAGUAGUGAUGAUAAGCAAAAGAAGAACAAAGAGAAGGAUAAGGCUGAAAAGGAGAAGGAACGCGAGAAGGAUUUGUCUGGCACCCAAUCGAUUGCUGUUCUCGGAAUUGCCUUGAUUGCCAUGGGAGAAGAUAUUGGAGCUGAAAUGGCAUUUAGGUCAUUUGGCAACCUCCUCCGUUAUUGUGAACCAUGUAUUCGUCGAGCCGUUCCAUUGGCUUUGGGUUUGAUUUCUGCUUCAAAUCCAAAAUUAAACAUUUUAGACACUUUGAGCAAGUUUUCUCACGAUAGUGAUGCUGAAGUUGCCCAUAAUGCUAUCUUUGCAAUGGGUUUGUCAGGAGCUGGAACAAAUAAUGCCCGUCUUGCGUCGAUGUUGCGUCAACUCGCUCAAUACCAUCAAAAGGAUCCCAGUAAUCUAUUUAUGGUUCGCAUUGCACAAAGUUUGACUCAUUUAGGCAAGGGUACACUUACUCUAAGUCCAUAUCACAGUGAUCGUCAGUUGAUGAAUCCAAUGGCAGUAGCUGGUCUAAUGGCUACAUUGGUUUCAUUUUUGGAUGUUAAGAAUCUAAUCCUAGGACGUUCUCAUUACCUUUUGUAUUCUUUGGUUCCAGCAAUGCAAGCCCGCAUGUUAAUCACAUUUGAUGAGGAACUGAAUCAAUUGCAGGUACCAGUUCGAGUGGGUAUGGCAAUUGAUGUGGUCGGACAAGCUGGUAAACCCAAAACUAUUACCGGAUUCCAGACACACACAACACCCGUUCUAUUGGCUAUGGGUGAACGAGCUGAAUUGGCAACAGAUGAGUACAUAACUUUAACACCAGUGAUGGAAGGAUUUGUUAUUUUAAAGAAAAAUCCCAAUUAUGUGAAGUAAAUUUCUUAUGGUGUUUUUUUUUUUUUCAAACUGAAAACAAAUUAGAUGUUCUUAUGUACUAAUUAUUUCUGUUUUAAUUUCUUAGCUAUAAUAUGUUUAUUUUCUAUUCAUUCAACUUAAAAAAAAAAAUAAAAUA